AUGCAAAAAACACCAUCAAUCAGGAUUGGGUCUUCAAAAACCACGAACCCUGGAGAAGAAGCGUAUAGACACUGCGAUUUUAGUGAUAUUAUCAAUUGGUUUGAUCGUCUUAAGGUUGGCUCAUCACAGGCUGUAGUAACAGUUUAUAAGGAAAAGCGUUCCCCUACAGCUAUUGGCGAGAACGUUACUGCUAUUGAAUGCAUCGCAGCUGAUGGGUUUAUUAUGGACCCCUUCUUUAUCCUUAAGGGAGAUCAUCAUCUCGAGCGAUGGUACGAACGCGCUGAUGAUAACUACUGGUUCGCUACGUCGAAAAAUGGCUGGACUACAGAUGAAAUUGCAUUUAAUUGGAUUUUACUCUUUCACUGCGCCACAUAUUAUCGAGUAUCGGUUUCGAAAGCUGAGAAACGACUUCUUUUAUUCGACAAUCAUGGCUCGCAUUUGACUCGGGAAUGGCUUGAAUUUUGCGAUGAGCAUGGUAUAUUAUGCUUCCCGUUUCCUCCUCACACAACGGAUAUACUACAGCCGCUUGAUGGGAAUCUCUAUUCCUAG